GGCCGGAGCGCACUAUUUUCAAUCUUUCAAGUCAAUUUAGAAGUUCAUCUUCUUCGACAGCGUAACGAUGGCCAACAAGAGCAAGAAGUCCGGUGACAACAUCAACUCGCGCCUUGCGCUUGUGAUGAAGUCCGGAAAGGUCACCCUGGGUUACAAGUCCACCAUCAAGACCCUGCGUUCCGGCAAGGCCAAGUUGGUCAUCAUCUCCGCCAACGCUCCUCCUCUCCGUAAGAGUGAGCUCGAGUACUACGCCAUGCUUGCCAAGGCCCCCGUCCACCACUUCUCUGGCAACAACGUAAGUUCUGACAAUACAUCUACUCCUUGCUCAAGCUGGGCCCCUCAUCACCUUCCCACGUGGAGGAUGAGAUGGGAGCCACCCUGAGAAGAAGCCGCAAAAUCCAAGGCUUUGGAGGGUACAGACAAAUGGCUAACCGGUGUUUUCUUUUGAUAUACAGAUUGAGCUCGGAACCGCUUGCGGUAAGCUCUUCCGCUGCUCUACCAUGGCCAUCCUGGACGCCGGUGACUCCGACAUCCUCUCCGGCC